AUGGCGAAAAGAAGCGGCCGCGCCCGCGACAGCAGGCUGCUAGCUCUCCCCGACGAGCUCCUCAACAUCAUUCUCGGCCUCGCAGAUCACCCAUCCGAUCGCCGCAACGUCGCGCUCUCCUGCUCCCGCCUCCGCCGCCUCUCUCGGCGCACGCCGCACGCGCUCCGUCUCGAGCUCUUGACGUCGUUGGAGCUCAACCCGCUCUAUGAGUCCUCGCGUCUGUUCACAGGCGACUCGCCUGAUGUUCCCGUGCACCUCUUCCCCUCACUGCAAUCCCUUACGCUCCACUACGAUCCCGACAACUGCCGCCCCGUUCUCCGCUGCUCCUCCCUCACAUCUCUCACCCUCUGGGACCUCGAUUCUUCCACCCUCUCCUCCCUUGCCUCCCCCGAAUCCUCUCUCCGCGCGACUCUCAAGUCGCUCACCAUCCACUCCGCCGAACUUCAGGGCUCCCUCGCGCCCCUCGCCGUCUUCUCCGCCCUCACCUCCCUCUCCUUCCACUCCUGCACCAUCGACCCAGGAGUGCGAGGAACGGAAACAGGACGAGAGGCAGGAGCGGAAGCAAAAGGGGAUGGUGGCGUAGCAGACGCAUCGAAGAAAGCACAUGCGGGUGCUUCUGCAGCAGCACGGGUAUUCCCGAGAGGGGGCGACAAGCAGUGGGAGAAGUUUGUGGAUAUUCGCAGAGAGGCAGAAGCAGCGCUGCAAGAAAGGCUUGUAGCGGCCAAGGAUGUAGUCCAACUCUCCAAAACAGCCUUGGAAGCCACCAAAGAAGCCCGUAGCUUCGCACAGUGGGCGGAAGGCGUGCAGGGUGCGUCUGCCAUGCCUGAGAUCAGCCUCGGGAAGUUCAGGCUCGCGAUCUCGACAUGCCGGGCCUUUAUCGCUGGGAUCAGGAAGGCCAAAGCGGCUAUCAAGUGGGAGGAGGCGCUGCUGCGGGCGUUUGCUGCCGCUGCUGCUGCUGCUGGUGGUGGUGGUGGCUCGAAUAUGGCAACUACUGAUGAUUUACCUGCUGCUGCUGCUGCUGCUCACCAGGCACCAGGGUUCUUUGCUACGGAGCUGGAUUUCGAAGAAGAGGACAGGGAUGGGGAGGAUACAGACGAAGGAGAUGGAACCAGCGGCAUGGAUUACAUGCUGCCUGGUGAUGGUUUGCCUGGGAGUGUGCUCGGUGGGGUGCGGUCUGGUGUGGUGGAGACACGUGAGGCCCUGGGGAGGCUGAAAGCGCAGUUACAUGAGCUGUGGGACCUCCCUAAUUCCAUGCUUGAGAGCUACAAUUCCAUGUUGUCACGCAUCUCUGCUUUCAAUCCCACCCUUGCACGGCCAGUGGCGGAUGCGGCAGCGGCAGGAGGUGGGGCAGCAACACCAGGAGGAGGAUCUGGAGCAACACCAGGAGCAGCAGCAGCUCGUGGGGGGGCAGCAGUGCGUGGGGGAAGGGCAGCAGUGCGUGGGGGAAGGGCAGCAGUGCAAAGAGUGAAAGAAGGGGCGACGGAAGCAUCGCAACGGGUGGAAAGCAUGCUCGGAGAGGCGGCAGCAGGGGGGGCGGAAGUUGGGAAGGCGGCAGCAGGGAAGACGGCAGCGGGGGAGACGGCAGCGGGGGAGACGGCAGCGGGGAAUGCGGCAGCGGGGAAUGCGGCAGCGGGGGAUGCAAAACUAAGCAGCAGAAAGUCAAGCUUCAAGCAUUCUGAAGGAUGCCUAGCAGCAGUCCCUGUGCAAGUCUACUGCCCUCCGCUGGGGUCGUUGACCCUCCAAUCCCUCUCCUUCGCCUCCACUCCCCAUUCCCCCAUGCUACCUCCCACGCUCUUUUCUUCACGCAGUGGUGGCGGGAAGCAGACUGGCAACCCUCACUAG